UUAGAAUUCCGCUGGAGCGCAUGCUCGCUUGCAUGAGUCGGCACGAAGUGGGGCCUUCUUGCUCCCAGUCAACACAGAGUGCCAGUGUUCAGUGGCAGCAUGUUCCGACCACUCAGCCGACAACACAACCCUCCCUAGUACACGAAACAAGGGGGAAUGGGGCGGGCGUAAGAUGUGCGGUGAGGGCUGCCGGGAGAACUGGUGGGCUCUGACGGCCCUCGUUUUAGUCCUGGCAACUGCAGCGGGCAACAUCCUCGUCUGCCUGGCCAUCACCUGGGAACGGCGACUGCAGAACGUCACCAACUACUUUCUCAUGUCCCUGGCCAUCACGGACCUAAUGGUCGCCAUUCUAGUCAUGCCGAUCGGAAUACUAACCCUAGUCAGAGGUUUCUUCCCGCUUCCGCCCGUCUACUGCCUCGCCUGGAUAUGCCUGGACGUCCUGUUUUGUACCGCAUCCAUCAUGCACUUGUGCACCAUCUCCGUCGACCGGUACCUCAGCCUCCGCUACCCGAUGAAGUUCGGGAGGAACAAGACGAGACGGCGUGUCACGUUGAAAAUUGUCUUCGUCUGGCUCCUUUCCAUCGCCAUGAGCCUUCCCCUCAGCCUCAUGUACUCCCAGGAUUAUAACAGUUUGGUGGUAGGCGGAAUUUGCCAAAUUCCUGACCCCCUUUACAAACUCAUCGGCUCUAUCGUAAGUUUCUACAUUCCAUUAGGGGUCAUGCUUCUCACGUACGCUCUCACUGUCCGCCUCCUCGCCAUGCAGCAGAAGAACCUGGGCGGAAAAACAGGGAAGGACGGGUGGGCGGCCGGCUGGCUGGGACCUCCAACGCCAGGAUUGGAGAGAAGGUGUACGUGGAAGAGGUUGUUGGGAAAACCGGGCGUCACCGGAAGGAGUCACCACUCGAGCGCGGGGUCGACGGACACAGAACUGACGACAUUGGACACCCACGAACUAUGGAUACCCGACUCCGAGCCGAAGCCCUACGCUACUUCGGCCCUCCAGCAAUUCGGCGCCGAGAUGUUAAAACUCUCUCGGGGUUUCGAAUCCGUCGCCCAGAACAACGCUGUUAUUGCGACACCCCCGUUUCCCCUGAAGGCUACGUCUAGAUGUAAGCCGUGUGAACCUAAGCCAAGAAGAAGAGCGUCCACGAUCGAUGUAAUAAGACGUAAAGAAAAAGAAGAUAUCAAAAGAACGACGAGCUAUCACGAACGCAUGAGUAAAUGGUCUUCCUCGAGUAGCGAGGACGAACCGAUUAAAAUAAAUACGGUUCAGAGGAAUCAAGAAUCGUCCCAAGAAGUCCCUUUGCUACCACCUCCCUGUACCUGCCCUUAUUUCGGUGAUCCAAAGAAGGCUGUGAAAAGUAACGAAGUCGUGAUUAUAACGACUGAGGACAAACCGGGUUUUACAAAGCGAGAAGAAAUGACCGUGACAUGGGAUUCGCCUCAAAGGAGGUUCAAAAGAGGGUCAAGUUUCAGUUCCGGUAGUGUCAGGACAGUCCUAGCAUCCGCCGAAUGUUCCCCGGCACCGAGGAAAGCGCCGAUUCUCCGCCGUUCCGCUACAUUGAGGGCGGGCAGGCAAGAUUUCAAGGCGAUGGAAGACGCCGCUCAAGGCGUCCUUUUGCGUUACGGCUCCAGCCAGGGGAUGGGCAGGAACCUGUUGGUCAAAUCUCCACACAGCCGCAACUCCAGCGUCCUCUCUCGAACGUCUUCCAGACACGGUCGGAUCAUCAGGUUGGAACAGAAAGCGACCAAAGUCUUGGGCGUCGUGUUUUUCACCUUCGUCAUCCUCUGGGCACCCUUCUUUGUGUUGAAUCUCGUACCUUCUGUGUGCGCGGAAUGUGAGAGGGAUAUUGAUAAGUGGGUAUUCGAUUUCGUAACUUGGCUAGGUUACGCUUCUUCCAUGGUAAAUCCUAUUUUCUAUACCAUUUUUAAUAAAGUAUUCCGCCAGGCGUUUAAAAAAGUCCUUCUGUGUCGGUAUCGUAAUAAAACAUGGACUCGCAAGUAAGCAGAUAGUUUGAAAAUUAAUAAUAUUAAUUUUUGUAUAUUUCUGUACAUAUUGGGAACAAAACCUGACGGGUUUUAUGGUAAGCAUUUAUUCUAAAUGUAAGCUUAAAUGUAAAUAUAUAUAUAAAUAUGUAUAAAUGCAUUGUAGAAGUCAGAUUAUAAAAGAAUAAAGAA